AUGGUGUUGCGGCCAGCAAACCAGCCGCGGCUGGUGCGGCUGGUGGUUGCAUGCUGGGCAGCGGCAUGCUGGUGGUCGUUCUUUGCGAGCGGUCUUGACUAUAACACCCCCAUCUCUCCCAGUAUCCAGCAACUCUAUCCCGAUGCGCUGGCAUCCAACACGGCGGUGCGCCUUCGCCAUGCCGACGUCAACUCGGAAUCCUACAUUGUCAUUUUCAGUGGCGAGACUCGGCGACCUCGCCUGACGGCGGCCACCGUCAAUCGAACCUAUUAUGUCAGCCAGUCGACCUGGAUUUUCUCCGAGUCGGCCGCGGUUUGGCACGAAUGCGUGGCUGUGGGUGACAGCAUCCCUCACGGUCGCGAGUACUAUGGCGCCUCAUUUAUGCAGCUGGGCGGCAGCGACGGCCUGAUUGUGCAUGGUGGGAGCCUCCAGUCCGGCAUUGUCAAUGAUGCAUGGCGCCUCGAGCUGGUGGGCCGCGAUACCUUCGGCUGGCCCCAGUGCGCCUGGCAAUCUCUCAGAUCCACCGGCAUAGGCGCCCCCAUGCUGGCCGCCCACCGCAUGGUCACCAGCGGUAGCAAUCUCAUUGUCUUUGGGGGUUGCAACUCUAUCCAAAACCUCUCCACGGACACCACUUGCAGGGAAAAGUCCAACGUCACCUACCUUGGUCGUUACGACCACAGUGCUGCCUCCAUCGAGUGGUCCAUCUUUCCCGUCACCUCCACCGUUGGUCCCUCCCCACGCUCCCUCAUUACAAUGGUCGCCCUCAACGCCUCGUGCUUCUCCGUCAUUGGAGGCUAUCGCCCUGGCAGUCACUUUGAAGAUCGCAAGAACACCAAUGGCUACAUCUCCGAGACCUGGACAGGCUGUGUCGCCGAUUUGGAGGGCCCCAGUCCCAGUCUGAGCUGGCGGCAAGCGGCCGCUCGCCCACCGCGUGUUUAUGGCAUCGGAAGCGGUCUUCUGCGUGGCACCGAAAUUGUCCUCGUUGCCUUGCCCUUUGCUUCCACCAACCGUAUGCGCGUCUGGCUCUAUGACUACGUCGAGGAUGAAGAAUUUCACCUCGUCGCCGAAAACCCUCUCGAUUUGGGUGGCCCCACCGUCAACACGCUGGGUAGCCCGGCCAUAUCGCUAUCCCUCGUCCCCGCCGACGGCGGCUAUCCCGUGGUUGUGGGUCUCAUCUACGACGAUGGCAGUGGUGAUUUUGCUCCAAUGUGGACGUUUGACAUUGUUCGCAACGACACGCGGCCUGGCGUAAUUGACUGGAAUCACAACAUGGUCCGCUUGACGCCCGGUGCACGCAUGUUUGCCUCGGUGACCCCCAUGGCUCAGGAAGGAACGCACGCCAAUACAGCCUUGUUUGUGGGCGGCACAUCCAGUGGCCGCGACGAACUCGUGUGGCAGCUCAAUCUUUCCGUCAUCGCUAAUGCUGCCGUCAUCGAAGAUAAUGCCACUUACACCUUCAACGAGACAGACUUUAACAUUGAUUCCCCGUGGCGAGCCUACCUCUCGCCAGGCAUCCCGUCCUUGUCUCAGCAUGCCGCCGUGCAAGUUAGCUACAGAGAUAGCCCCUCCGUCGUCAUUACGGGCGGCUACUUUAACGAUAUUUUCACGGGCUCUGGUCGUAUCAACAACAAAACCUACUGGUUUGAACGCGCCGAAACACCACAAGUAUUUAAAGUUGUUGCCGACUGUCCUGCGGUCGUGGGCCACAGCAUGUCGGCCUCAGCCGACAUGCGGGAUGCCUACAUCUUUGGCGGGUUUGACUCGGAGGACAAUCCGACCAACGACGUUUAUCAGAUGGAAACUGACCCGUGGCGGUGGCGGCAAAUGUCAACCCAAGGCACGCCGCCCCCUCGACGAGGCUAUCACUCAGCCACCAUCUUGUUCAAUAGUAAGGCCCAGGUGUGGGAACUGAUCAUUUUUGGGGGUACACCUUCCUUCAUCCGCCUCAACGAGACCAUGUCCGACCUCUUUGCGCUCAACCUCGAAACCUUUACUUGGCGCAAAAUCGAGGCCUCAACCCCGCCAGGCUGGCGUGCCACACCGUGGAGCCGGGCGUUUUCGUGCACCGUGCGCCCGCAAAGAUCGCUAAACGAGCACUCAAUCAAAAUGUUGAUUGCCGGUGGGCGCAACGAGAAUCAAGUGUUGAGCGACUUGCUAGAGUAUGAUCACAGUGAAGAGCACUGGGAACGUCUGUUCCGCACCAGCCCGUAUCACCCUACCUCGGAUUAUGGACUCUCUGCACAGGCUUGCAGCAUGGUUAAUGGGUCCUUGGUUAUCAUCGGUGGUGCCACCAUGUGGACCCUGUCCAAACUGGUGAUCCAGCUCGAUCCGUACUGCAAUGCCGGUUUCCAAGCCGCCGAGGGUGACUUUGGGUCUAGCUCUUGUUUAGCCUGCCCGCAAGGCAAAUACCGCAGUGGCACAGAUGAUGCCCUCUGCACCACCUGUCCAGUGGGUAUCACGACAGAAUCCACGGGCUCCACCUCCUCGUACCAGUGCAAUGUCUGCGAAGAAGGGCGGUGCGCUGGAGCACACAGCUUGUGUACUGUCAUCAACUUUUCCGUUGCCGUGUGUGACUGCGGCUUUGGUCGAAGCGGCGACCAAUGCAGCGAGGCAUGGGGCUAUUACCUCUUGGGGUCGAUGCUGGCCUUUCUUCUCAUCGUGGGCACUGGCCUGCUUGUGCGCAACCGCAUGCGCCGCGUGCGCAAAAAUCUUCUCAUCAAUCAAGGCCUCUUGGCCGAGGCCCGGGCCGAGAAGGAGGAGCUUGAGGCUGUCUGGGAGAUUGAGCGCAACGAUCUCAAGUGGGAACGAAACCUGGACGAAGGUGGAUUUGGCAACGUAUAUCUUGCCACUUGGCUCAGUCAGGACAAACGUGUGGCCGUCAAGUGCUUGAAAAACACGACGCAAGUCUUGGAUGCUGUUGCCGUGCAAGAGUUUGCUCGGGAGAUCCGUACACUACGACUCAUGCGUCAUCGCAACAUUGUCUUCUUCUAUGGUGCUUGCAACGAGUCACCUUGCUUACUGGUCAUGGAGUUUGUGGAGCGCGGGUCACUGGCGGAUAUCAUCAAGCUUCAAGGUGCAAAUAUGCCCUGGGAACGUCGCCUCAACUUUAUGUCUGAUGCAGCGAGUGGAAUGCAAUAUCUUCACCUCAACCACAAGCUGCACAUGGACCUGAAGUCAGGCAACUGCCUGGUAUCUUCAUCCUGGACGCUCAAGUUGACCGACUUUGCCACGACGACGGCCGUUGCACAAUCAGCCGAAGAGGCCUCGACUGAUCGCACCAUCACGAGCUUGUGCUGGUGUGCUCCUGAGCUCUUUGCCUAUUCUGAUGCUGCCAGUCCUGCAUGCGAUGUGUACAGCUACGGUAUCCUGUGCUGGGAGAUCUUGCAAGCCAGCACUCCACCAUACAUGGAUUUGGACAAGCCGUGGAAGAUUCGUGACUUUGUGCAAGGCGGUGGACGGCCCUCGCUGGACGAGGGGUUGUUGGCGGCGUUGCGCGACAAAACCACGGGCACGACCAGCAGCAAUGGGCCCGUGCCCCGACCGCAUAGCGCUCACGACGGCAAACGGGACCAUCAAACGGACGAGGAUGAAGAUGAGGACUUGUCUUUGUUGUUAGAUGCACUGGAUGAGGACGACGAGUGCGAAGAAUUAGGUCGUGGGUCGCUUCCUGCCAGGCCAGCACCAGCUGAGCCACAAGCAAAGCGGGCUGCACCCGAAGCACCCAUCACCCCACGUCCUGUCUUGCCGCGACAAGGCCCCUUUACCACGCCCCAAGCGCUUCAGCCGCCGGUACCACACCGUAACACGCCCGUGCAUACCCCGCGCGCAAGCUCCACUGCCAGCCCCAUGCCGGCGGCUGCAACCGUUUCAGGCUCUCGCUCUAUUCAUCGCGUAGUAGCAGUGCCUGACACGAUUGCUCAAGUACCCGUCUCCGCCUCGACCCCGCGUCGCAUUCCCGGCCCCCUCGGACUAUUACCGCCUCUGCUGCCUCAGUUUGCCACUCAAUCAGCACGUACUUUGCUCGUGGCUGCUGUGACUGGGCAGGAUGUAUCUGAAACGACCCCCCGAAACGGACACAGGCCCGAGGUCGAAGUUCGGCCGUCAUCCUUGCCUGCCUGGCAAUACAUGGAACAACAGGCACUCGGCAAAGCCUGGGCCCGAGCCCUCAACACCAACCUUGUCAGGCUCAACGAAAGCCUGGAUCGAGGCAAAAUUGGAUUUGUGGUGGCACGCAUUCUUUCAGUGGAUCGAUCCGACCACGGCUGCAGCCUUCGCCUCCACGAUGACCACGGGCAAAUGCUCGCGUCACUGCAUCCCAAGCUGCUCAACGCAGAGUAUGGCGAUGCCAUAGCAGAUGGCGCCGUACUGGUGCUUCGUGAUGUGACUCUGUAUCGACCGCGCAAGACGGUGGCUUGCCUCAACAUUACGCAGCGUAAUCUGGUCACCAUUUUCUGGCAGGGCGACGAUGACAAACUGCACGUGGGAGCCACCAACAUCUACGGGGGCGCCAGUGCAUCGUUCGCCGACGUCGACGGCAACGCCGCCCAAUGCGGUACCGCCCACCGCAACGCCUGUCGCUGCCUCGGCCGAAUUUUUGCAGAUGAGCCAGAGUCUGGACAUGGAUGA